UUUGUUGUUUUGGUAAACGGAAAUGAACGAAAAUUGACAAAUGAGGAAGUUCUUCAGCAAUUUGAAGAUAUUAUAAAUGAGGAAAAAUAUGUUCUUGCUCUAUUUACAAAAUCAUGCUGUCAAUGCGUUGAAUGUGUAGAAACUGAAGCACUUUUAGCAUCUACAAGUCAUCAUUUGGAAGAUUCGUACGGUGUAAAAAUUGUAAAACUAAUCGAACAUAAAGUACUUCAAGAAAGAUAUGGAAUAAAGUCUUAUCCUACAGUUUUAUAUAUAAGAGAUGGAAUUCCUCUUCUAUAUGAUGGUUCCUUGGAACUUGAUGCUCUUUUGGAAGCUAUAGAAAAGAAUCGUGAACCACUGAUCAAAUCAUUAAAUGAUGAAAGUUUUGAACAUUUGACGCAAGCUGCUACAGGUGCAACAACUGGAGAUUGGCUAGUUUUGUUGUAUGUAAUUUGUUAUCAUGUUGGUGAUUUAAAUCAAUUAUGGUUGACUCGUAAGUGGAAAGAAACAAGUUACUCUUACAGUUAUAUCAUAUUAUUGAGCAGUGCUACAAUUUCUCUGCCCCAAAAAAAAGAAACAUCUGAUUCAUCACUUAAAAAUACACAGGCCAUAUGGUAUGAACUUUCUCAAGAUAAGAAACUAGAUGGUUCUUUGAGCUUUGUAGGACUUGUAGGAUCUUUACAAAGAUGUAAUCUUUGUAAAGUCUUACAAAGAUUACAUCUUUGUAAAGUCCCAUAA